AUUAUAUCCUCUUUUGCAUUUCCUUAUAUAUGGCUCUCGAAGGUCAAGUCGCCGGCGGCGAUAACGGCGGACGCAGAAAUGCAAGCGGUGCUAAGGAGGUGCACUUCAGGGGUGUGAGGAAGAGGCCGUGGGGACGUUACGCCGCCGAAAUCCGAGACCCGGGAAAGAAGACACGGGUCUGGUUGGGCACCUUCGACACCGCGGAGGAGGCGGCGAGGGCUUAUGACGCCGCCGCUAGGGCCUUCCGCGGAGCUAAGGCGAAGACCAAUUUCCCCUUCCCGUCGGGAAACAAGAGCCCAACCCUCACCAGCACGUUGGAGUCUUCCUCAACUGGUAGGGGCGCUCACGCGCCCCGUCCACCCCCAAAGCUUGAACUCACGCGCCACCCUUUUGCCGGAGGCAGUAUUGUUGGUGGAUCAAUGAAUAGGCCACACUCUUUUGCUCAUAAACAGCCGACUCAUGUGGCGGUCCUGCCAAAUGGUCAACCGGUUUUGGUCUAUCAUGGACUGUGGGGCCCGGGGGUGGUCAACCACGCCCAGUACAGGCUGGCGUACUGGUUCCAGCCGCCGGCUGUUGUAUCUCCCAAAAGCGGAGAGGGCGGCGGCGCUCACAGCUUCUCAGACUCGUCGUCCGCGGUGGAUGACAGCAAUGUUGAUGGCGGCAUUUUCAAGAACAGCCUUGACCUUGAUCUUAACCUUGCUCCACCCACAUAAAACUAUUCUUGAUAUUUGGCGAUUUGUAUUCGUGAAUCUAGCUAGUUGUUUCAUUAUUUUCGUAAUCUCUAGUUCAGUAAUGUACUACCUCUAUAACCUCUGACGGAGCCAGAAAAACGGCUAACGGGUGAAACUCAACCUAUAUACAAAAUAGAAAUUGAGGAUUAUUUUUAAACAAUGUCUGAAUUGAAUAUUUCAUAUGCAAUUUAGAUAAAUAAACAUUC